AGGACCCUUAGCAAGCAGUUCUGGAAUUUGGGAUACGCACCAAAUAUUGAAACAUCAUUUUUAGAAAUGGAAAUUCUCAACACAUCAUUUGAUAAUGGAAUAUGGACAUUUGAAAUACCAAGCGAAACAAAUGACAACGUGGCAACCAUCUUUGACAACCUAGUUACUUUUCAGGAUUGUUUUGUUCAAGAUACUCCUUUUACUAUUGCCCAGCCUAUAUAUAUAUUAGGCCCCAAAACAGGAGUUUCUGUUACUCUUCCAGCUGAUAGUGAACCCAUAAUAGAAUGGUGUGCCUGUUAUCCAAGAACAGCUCUCAUAGUCACAGUUGAUGGGAUCUUCCACACCAGCAAUGGAUUUUUAAAUGUAGUAGAAAUAAAAUUUCCUCCAAGCAUCAUACCAUCUACCAUGAUUCACAAAGUCAAAACAGUAGGAACUGUUUUUCCAAAUGUCUACAUUUUGGUUGAAAAUAGUCUCUAUCUGGCAAGCGUAGGCCUAGUUAAAAACAUUGGAGAGCUUUAUUUUCCAAGUGUAUACUUUAUCGGACUAGAAACCACAACUUGGUGUUCUGGAGCAUAUCCUUAUACU